CCCACACUCUACAUAAGUUUAAACAACCCAAUGGCAAAAGCAAAAGCAGGACAAAAGCGACAACAGCAACAACAGUCAAUCGCUUUAGAAAAACAAAACAAAAAACAGAAACAAACAACGAUACCCGAUUCUCCUUCUCUUGACGAACCCGCUACUACUGCUACUACAUUAGGUAAAUAAAAAAGAAAGGAUUCGCGCGAAUUAUAUAAGAAUAUAAAUUUUUAAAUGGGUUGCUUGGAUUGUUUAGAUCAUGCAGAAGGCUUGUUUGACAAUCUCGAUGAGGAAAUGGAUCCUUCAGGACUCGACGAUAUUGUACGAGAGCUCGAACAAGGCAGUGAUGACGAAGAAGAAGAAGAAGAAGAGGACGGCGACGACAACGACAACGACGAAGACGACGUACAGGCGAUGAGUGAAGACGAACAAUCUCCUUCAGAAGAAGAAGAAGAUGAACGGAUAAAAAAGCCAGCAUCCAAACCAAAGUUCAGUGAUCAUUAUAUGGGUCAAAUGACGCGCGCGUUUGGCUCAGAUCUCGACAAGAUUAGACAGGAACCUACUUUCAAUGCUUCACAAUUGCCUAUCCUCAUUGAUUCACUCCAAGCUGGUGUCGACAUUUUCUCGAAUUUGGAACAAGAGAUCAUAUUAGCUACUCAAGAAUAAGCUCUUUGUUUUUUUGUCUUCCACCACCCUCUUUUUUCCUUCUCCUUCUCCUUCAUCCAUCUUUCAUCCCCCACCUUUUUAACAUGCAUCAUCACAAAAACAUGUACCACAACCAAUGCAAAAGCAUGAUCAAACCGAAAAAAAAAG